AUGGCGUCCGAAUUCAAGCCUACGCCGAUGGACAUUUCCGUCAUUAUAUCUACACCAGCUUCAGUGGAAGCUGAACCGGGUUUCGCGACCGAGCGCCGCAUUACACCCACAUGGUCAGUCAUACAAUUGAAGUCAAAGCUAGAAACCAUGACCGGUGUCCCUCCUGGUAGCCAGCGAUUACGACUCAAAACUCCCGGACGUACUGAUCAAUGGAUUGAGGGCAAUAAUACGAUUAUUGGGGAUUUGGGAUUGGCAAAGGGGUGUGAAAUAGAGGUACACGAUACACGUCCCCAAGCGCUGCGACCAAAUUUCAACGACCUGUCUUCCGUCGAAAAAUACGUUCUCCCUGAUUCAAAAUACGAGUCACUAUCAAAUUCCGUUUUGGCGUGGAAAAAGAAUCAAAAACUAGGUCGUUUUGACCCUAAUGCGCAGUCACCAGAAGAGUUGAGGCGCAAUCAGGCAGAGAAGGAUGUAGCGGAGGUCAAGAAAAGAGAUAUCGCCGUUUCAAAACGUGCUAUUAUCCUGCCUUCAUCUCCGCCUCAUGUUCGACGUGGUACUGUCCGCUUUGUUGGUCCAGCACCGACAAUUCCGUUCCCAGGGAUUAAGAAAACAGCCGCAGAGGAUGAAGCAAAUUCCGACACUGGUCCCCUGCCAAUCUGGGUCGGAAUUGAACUUGAUGAACCAAUGGGCAAAAACGACGGGACAAUUGGCGGCAGGCGCUAUUUCGCCUGCCCUAACAAUAGUGGCAUCUUCGUGAAGCCGGAAAAAGUUGAAGUGGGCGACUUCCCCCCGUUGGAACUAGAUGACAACCUGGAAGAUGGGAACAUGGAAGAAAUGUGA